AUAGCAUUGUUUCUUCUGCUGUCAUCGCCAUCAUCAAGACGCUGUACACAAUGAACGCUAUUUUACAGAUCGUUUUCCUCGGAGCAGUUUAUGCGUUUGCGAACGUCGCCGCAGACGAACAAGAUAAUGCAGAAAAAGCAGACAGGUCAGUAAUCCUUCCAGGAUCAAGGCUACAAAACUGCCAAUGGCAAGUACAAAAUAAUCCAUGUUUGAACAAUCCCCUUAACAAGCUCAACUUUGUACAUCCCUCUGACCCCUCCAAGUUUCUCCAGUGUGGCAACUUCAACAGACUGUUUGUAGUUCAGUGUCCAACAGGAGAGGUCUAUGAACAAUCCACAGCCACGUGCGUCAAUCCAACGGCCGUGAUUAGUAAACCACUUGUUAACAACCUUAGUGGCUAUGGUGUGAACAACCCGUGUACUGUAGGCAACAUCCAGUCUGGAAAAAUCUUCUUUGGUCUACAAUCAGACAACACAAGGUUUAUCCAAUGUGACCAAAAUGGCAACGCUCGCGUGCUAACGUGCCCUUCGCAGAUGAUUUGGAAUCAAAACAGGCAAUCGUGCGUUUUACCGACGGCACCAGGCUUUGUCCUCAAGCCUGGAACACUUGGUGCUGGAACAGGUACCCUUACAGGUUAUUUGUCGACCAAGAACCCCUGCACUGCUCAAGCAGUAAGCACAAAGUCUCUUUUCUUCUCUCAUCCUGACCCCAAAAAGUUCAUACAGUGUGAUCUCCAAGGUAACGCCUUCGUACAGAACUGCCCAUCCGGUCUUGUCUGGAACCAGUACAUGGAGACGUGCGCAUCCCAGCUAGCGACCUUGAACUUUGGAGGUUAAUAUUCGGACAUGUAAACCAAUUAACCACUAUCAAGUGCAAACAACUUCAACAAUUUUCCUUUUUGAACUUUGAAUAAAAAGAUUUCAUAUUUCA